CCGCACACAAACAAACAGCCCCACCCACCUGCCGAGCGCGCCCCCGGGGGUCAGUUCUUCCGCCCGCCAUGGAGCGCUGCGGGCCCGGGCUGGGCUACGAGGAGUCGGCGGAGCGGGCUCGGCAGCAGGAGCGGCACUACCAGCUGCUGUCCGAGCUGCAGGCGCUGGUGAAGGGGCUGCCCAGCUCCUGCCAGCAGCGCUUGUCCUACACCAUCCUCAGCGACCUGGCGCUGGCGCUGCUCGACGGCGCCGUCUUCGAGAUCGUCCAGGGGCUGCUCGAGAUCCAGCACCUGACGGAGAAAAACCUUUACAACCAGCGGCUGAAGCUGCAGAGCGAGCACCGCGUGCUCAAGCAGGAAAUGUUCCACAGACACAAAGAGGCCCAGCAGUGCUGCAAACCUCACAACCUGCCCGUUCUCAAAGCAGCUCAGCAGAGGGAGCUGGAGGCUGUGGAGCAGCGCAUUCGAGAGGAACAGCGACUGAUGGAUGAGAAAAUAGUCUUGGAACUGGACCAGAAAGUAGUUGACCAGCAGAGCACCCUGGAGAAAGCUGGAGUGUCUGGAUUUUACAUCACCACAAACCCACAGGAGCUGACUUUACAGAUGAACUUGUUAGAGCUGAUACGGAAGUUGCAGCAGAAGGAAUCACAGCCAGAGAAGGCUUUCUCCUGAGUAGGGCACAGCUCCUCUUUGUCCAGAAGCUCCCUCUGAACUUCACACUAAAGAACAGGCUACUUCCAAUAUUUUCUCUGCAACAUCAGAGAGACGCCACUGGUCACCAAGUGUAGAAGAAACAGCUGAAACUCUUAGAUUCCUCUUUUGUGGAGGGAGGGGGGUCAUGAAGAGCAGGGGGGGUCAAGUAGAGAGCAUUGUGCUCCUUCUAUUCCCUUCACCCCUCAGCACAUGGCAUCCAUUCUCAUUCCCCAUGCGUUCAUGACCCAGGUCCUCAAGUACAGCUGUUGAGGAAUAA